GGCGGAGCGCUGCCGAGCCCCGGCUCCAUGCCGCGGCGGCCGGCAUGCCCAGCCCGCUGCCGGCCCUGCUCGCCCUGCUCUGCCUCUGCGGGCCGCCCCCCGCCGCCGCCCCCCCGGACGAGCAGCAGCAGCAGCAGCAGCAGCAGCAGCAGCAGCCGUGGUGCCCCUACAAGGUGCGGGCCGAGGGGGCGGCGGCGGCCGGGCGGCUGUGCUUCCGACCCCCGGCCCGCGGCUUCCAGUGCUCGGCCCGGGCCUGCCUGGCUCACCGGUCCCCCGGCGGAGCCCUGGUGGCCAACGCGCUGCGCAACGGCAGCGUCCUGCUGCAGUGGGCCCCGCCGCGGCCCGCCGCCGGCCUCCGCGGCUUCGCCCUCAACUGCUCGUGGGACGGCACCUACACGCGCUUCCCCUGCGAUAGCGUGGAGCUGGGGGCCUCCUGUCGCGACUAUCUGCUGCCCGAGGCGCACGGCGGGGUCCGCUAUCGCCUGUGCCUGCAGCCCCGCUACGCCCCGCCGAGGCCCGCGCCGCCCGCGCAGUGCGUGGAGUUCCGCGUGGAGCCCGCCGCCAUGAGGGACAUCGUCGUCGCCAUGACGGCUGUCGGCGGCUCCAUCUGCGUCAUGCUCGUCUUCAUCUGCCUGCUGGUGGCCUACAUCACCGAGAACCUCAUGAGCCCGGCCGGCGGCGGCGCCUCCGCCGCCUCGCGUCGUGCGUGAAGCGUGGCGAUGGUCCCCACAGCCCCGCCGUGGCCCCGGGCUGCUGCUGGGCUGUUCUUGGUUUUUCUUCUCCGACAGGGAGAGAGAUGGGGUCUCUGAGCUCUGUUCCUACCGGUUCUGCCCACGGCGUCGUUUGAAGCUUUGGUUGGCUUGGGUUUGGCUUUUCCAGGCUCCCGGGAUUUGGGGUUUUCUUGUGUGUUUUGGAGAUCCUCAUUUGUGAAAUGGGGGGUUUGCAGCCUGAGCCAUGCUCAAGGUCUGAACUUGUAGGAUCGCAGUGGAUUAAAAGUGAAUGGUGGCAAACAUCCACAAGUGCCAGAAAAAGUUCUGCUGCUAGAAGCAAGCGACAGAUCCCACAGAGGGCCCGUCCGAGAAGACUCUCAAGAACACGCUCAUUUUAAACCUGCGCUUAAAUCUCCUUGCUCCAGACAUGCACUUUUUAUUUAUUUAUUUAUUUUCCUGAGGGGGAGCGUCAUUUAAAUCCAUGAGAGAACAAGCCCCGUGCAACCCCACAGCCCACAGCUAGCCGUGUGUUUGAUCCAAAGCCCACCUAAAUCCCCCCGAUUUACGUGGGCUUUGUAUCGUGCCUUAUGCUGCUCCCAGGUGCUUGGGGCCGGCGGGGUUGCGUGACAGGGUGGGAGCCCUUUGAGCGACCAGGGUGGUGGUCCCCACAAAAACAGAUGAAAUUAGUAGAGGAUGGAGCUCAAUUUCAUUGCAGAAGUAUGAACUGAUGAUUAGGUAUAAAAUAAGUGCAAAUGUAAGCGAACACCCAUCACUGCCCUCUUAAAUCCAUCCCCCCCUUAUUUUUUUUUUUUUUAGGAGUGCCACGUGCAGCUGCACUGAGGUAAAAUCAUCUGGAACACAAAACCCACUAAUGUUGUAGCCGAGUGUUUUGAGCAUAGGAACACUCAUCGUUAACUGCUCACUCAAUGCUGUAGUCAAUAAGGUUUUAGCCAUAUUCGAGUAUUAAUUCUCUUGUGCCUUAGUGUUGAGAGUUUGUCCCAUUUCUAUUGGUAUAUCUGUUCUUGUAGUCUUCAUAGACAACUGUAUCUCCCCUCGUGUUUUUGUCUCUGAAACUGGUGUGUUCUUUUGUUUUUGAAAACAAACUUAGGCUGGUCGGUACUUGAACUUCAAUAUAUACAUAAACUAGAGUCAGUUACCAUCUGAGAGCUAUUGUGUUUAGUUUUUAUUUAGUGCUGUUUGUAUAUAGGUGACUGCUGUAACAGACAAUGACUUUGUAUCACUUAAACGUACCUAAAGCAAAAGUAGGGGAAGGGCUCUUCUGUAACGGGGUAUUGCUAUUAAAAUACUUCAGUUUCCUAUGUGAUCUGUGUAAAUGUUUAUCACUGGUGAAUAACCCAUGUGCUUUUCUUUUGUGGAAUAGUUUGUGAAGUAUAAACUUGCUAUUAGAGGGUAAAUACAGAAAGUAUAUGCAAUCCUUAAAAAAAACGCAGUAUUUGUACUAAUCAUAAUCCCUUCAAUAACUUCAAUAAGCGGUUAAGGAGCUGAAGGACUCUAUUUCACCAGGCAGAAAUACCUGUUUGUUAUUCUCGCUUUGUUUGCUUUCUCACAUGCAGCUGACUCUAAAUUUAUCAGCGUUCUCUUUUUAUUUAUUUGCCUGUGUGCUUGAUAUAAGCAGCCUGACAAUAUCUAGAAUUGCAGUAAUGGAAGGACAGUGUCAUUCAUUGUCACUGAAGGACAAUGUCAUAUUUUUUCAUCCCUAAGGAGAUCGGCUACUCAAAGAAAAGGCAAUCACUUUUUAUUGUAUCUAGUGGUUUAGUUCAGUGAAUUUAAACACCGAGUGAAUUUGGACCAAAGGUCUUUCAAAGGUUUCAAGUCAGUCUUUCCUGUAGCCAGUUCUGCACAGGACUGCUGGAAUGCCACUGAUUUUGUAUAUCUCUGUCAGCCUCUGUCAACCAGUGUUACUGUUUUGUUCCUCAUUUGUCGUGAACUGCCAGAUGUGAAAAUUAAAUGUGUAACUGAUGAGUCUUGUACCACUUCGGCAUUGACCUUAAUAAAUUAAGAAAAUAAUGAAAAGAAGUGAAGAA